CAGAGUUAAACCGAUUUUAUCACAUCGAUAAAAUGAUUGAUGUUCAAGAAACAGAUUUUGCUCAAAUAUUUGAUAUGUCCUACAAGUUUAUUAGGAAUAUAAGCGAUAUAGAUGUAUCAUCUAAAGUUAAUCAAAUUCAGAUAUCAGAUGUAAUAAAAAAAUUGGAAGAUCUGACUAAAAAAUUGUCUUGUAAUGGAGUUUUCUCUGAUAAUGAAAACAUUAAUGAAGUGGAACCAAAUUAUAUAAAAUAUCUUUUAUUACCUGCCUUUCUAGCAUAUUUAACUAGUUUAUUAAAUUCAGAUCGUUUAAAUCACUUAAGAUUGGCAAAAGAAUAUUAUGAAGACUUUUUUAAAAUAUGCAAAAAUUAUUCAAUAAAAUAUAAACAUUUUUUGGCUAAUACAUCAAAUAAUCCAGAUAAUAUAAGGAAUGAAAAAAUUGCUAAUUAUAAGUUACAACAGAAUUAUGACUUAGAAUUAGAAAAUUUAGAAAAGCUUAUAAAAUCCUCAGCAUAUAAGCUCACAGAAGAUGGAUAUAAUGAUAUUUUAAAAAAUUAUUACAUUAAAUUAAUUGAGAAAUUUGCUAAUCAAAGUCAAAAUGAACUCAACCUCAUUAAUUUGGAAAUAAAAGUUAUUGAAGAUAAUAAAUCAGGAACAAUUCACAAAAAUGAAACUAUACAUAUACCACCAAAAACACAAUCCUAUAUACCACUCAUUAAUCAAAGAACCAAGCUUAAAGACAAAGUAUUCGGAAAGGGGUAUCCCAGCCUUCCAACCAUGACUCCCGCCGAGUGGUAUGACGAUAAAAUGGAAAGAGAAUGUGCACACGCAACUCACUCUUCGCAUUCGCCGGAGCCUCAGAAGGCGCCAGAAAAUGUUGAGGAAGAAAGUCUCAAACAGAAACGAGAAUACGAUGACUGGAAAGAUACUCAUAGACGAGGUUGGGGCAAUACUUACAAUAUGGGAUGAUCAACUGAAAAACACAUAAAAAAAUUUUUGAAACUACUUACAUGGCGAAUUUAAAAAAAAAUUAAAUUGACGUUAAUGUAUAUUUCUUUAUAACUUCGCAUACGAUUAUAUUAUAAGUGUCUCAAUAUCAAUUC